GAUUUUGCACAUUUUUGUGUUGAUUGCACAUUUUUGUAAUGUCGUGACUUUUUAUGUUUUCUUAUGCAUUUUUUAAAACUGAUUUUGCACGUUUUUGUCUUGAUUUUGCACAUUUUUGUUGUGACUUUAGUCUUGUUGAGGUUAUUUCACAUCAUUUAUUGCUAUUUUGGGUGUUUUUGUGGCAAUUUAGUGACUUUUUAAUGUCGAUUUUGCAUUUUUAAAAAUGGAUUUUGCACCUUUUUGUGUUGAUUAACAUCUUUUUGUGUUGAUUUUUACAUUUUGGGGGGUCAUUUCAUGUCAUUUGUUGUGACUUUGAGUCUGUACAUAAAUUUAAAUAAAAUCUUCAGACAUGUUGGGGUGUUCCCAACCAGCAGGAGUUAUCAAUCUGAGGCUGAAAUCAAUGUGUUUAAGCAGUAAAUAUCAUUUGUAUUUGUCAGACAGUUUGUCACGGGUUCGUUUUUUAAAAAAAAAAGUUAUAAAAAUGAUGGCAAGGCCGAAGAGUUCCAAAAACAGUGAAUUUCUUUUAUUUGCACCAAAUCCUUUAAAAGUGUAUAUACAUAUUUACAGUGCAAAACAAAAAAAAACUGGUGGACACAGCAGAAAAAAAAACAGAAGUAUUUACAGAGAGCUUGAACCUUACAGCAGGCAGCCACAUCACCUAGAGAACCUCCAGCACCAAAACUCUCUCUCUCCCGCUGUUCAACUCAGGGGCCCUAUAUAUACCCCCCUAGCCCCUCCCCCGGGCAAACCAAAAGUUACUUGUAGGGGGGGUAAAUAAGAAAAGGCAAAAAUAACCAUAAGGAAGAACAAAAUCCAUAAUACAAUUAAACCAAAAUUACACAAAACAAAUUACCCAACUUAAGGUAACUGAAACAACUCUGAAAACAUAAUAAACCACAAAAUAGCUACAGAACCGGAAAAUGGGAAAGUCCCGGUUACGUGGUGGCCCCAUUGCGCGCCACUUGCCCCAUUUAUCCCACAGCCGGAAGCGCCUCUGUUUGGCCCACGACACAGAGGCUGCACAGUCAUUAAGAGGUGAGUGUUAUUGUCCGGGUGUGCUUGGUGAGGGGAGACGUGUAGGCGCCGAGUGUGCACCCUCGACGCGUUACAGCAGGGAAGAGAUGAGUCCAGAUAUGGGGAGGAUUAUGAAGGGCAGUUUAUAAGUCCAGGGAACGUGCGGGCGAUCCCGGCAAACAGUUUCUCAGCGCGCGCUGUGAGAACAAUGGAGCGCGGCGCGCUCCUGCACCCCGCCCCCUCCGGAGCCGCCGAGAGGAGAAAAGGCGCACAGGGCUUAAGAGUGACGGGGCAUUUAGAGGCGCUCCGUCACACAGUUCUAAACAUGAGUUGUUCUUAUUAUCUCUCAAUCACAACCUGUGAUCUGAUCUGUCCAGCAGAGGGGAAAAGAUUUAAACUGAAAUAAAGUUCACCUGAUACACUUUGAAGAAAGCAAAUGCUCGAAAUGUUCAGAUGUUUCUUAAAUGUAGCAUUAAAUUAGAUUGAGAGCAGACAUGUCUCUUUCUGCACUGUUGAGGGAAAUGUGCAUUAGUGUGAUCUCUGCUGAUGUUGGUUCUGUCCCAGUGAUUCCAUUCUAGGGAAAGUUAACUGUCAGGGAUUUACAGCCUGAUGGGAGUUUCUGCUUUCAUGAACCACAGGGUUUGUAGAAGUUGUGUUGGAUGUUGAGUGACAUGAAAAAGGUUGAAUGUUGAAAUAAUCCGUCACAUGAAAUGAGUGGGAAUCAACCUGUAAAAUGUGCUCUUAUUGUGAAAGUCUGCCUGCUGCUUCCUCAUAGGUGGAGUCCUGACUGGUUCCAGGAAACAGAUCACCUGUCUGAGCGUCCAGGAGUGGACUGGAAACUUUCUUCUUCUUCUUCAGUGCUUUGAAUAAAGUGUGAAGGUAGAAAGUGUGUGUGAGCUGCUGUGAGUUGAGCAGCAUGGAUGAGUGUGAGGACAGAGAGGAGGGAGUCCCUCCCUCUAAAAGCUCUCUGUGUGGGGAACAGGAGAACCAGAGCAAAGCUCAGAGGAAUCCACCUGGACCUGGACCUGGAACUGGACCUGGACAUGGACAUGGACCUGGACCUGGAUCUGCAUCCAGCUGUGUGUCCUUCAAGAGCGACCAGUCUAAGGAUCUUUAUUUUGAAUUUAAAGAACGUCAACCUCCUGAAGUAAGAGGAAAGAAGAAAAGAAGAAAAAAGAAAAUCCAUCAGAGACCAGAGUCCUCUGGACCUGGACCUGGACCUGCAUCCAGCUGUGUGUCCUUCAAGAGCAACUUGUCUAAGGAUAUUAUUUUUGAAUUUAAAGGAGAACCAGGUCCUGCUGCAGAGGGAGUGGAGCAGCAGAACUCGGAGGUUCCCAGAGCUCAGUCUGUCCAGCAGCAUCACCUGGACUCCAUAUUCAUGCUGCUGGAGGACAACAUGGUGACUUUUGUGAAGAAGGAGCUGAAGAAGAUGCAGAAGGUUGUGAGUCCAGAUUACCCAGAAUGCUCCUCAGAGAGUCAGAGGGAGGAUGAGGAGGAGUUGGAGGGUGAUGAUGAAGAGCAGAGGAGCAGCAGAGAGAUGUUUCAGCAGAUCACAGUGUUGUUCCUGAGGAGGAUGAAGCAGGAGAAGCUGGCUGACUGUCUGCAGAGCAAAUUUCCUGCUGGAGUUUGUGGACGUGAACUUAAAUGUGGUCUGAAGAAGAAGUUCCAGAGAGUGUUUGAGGGCAUCGCUAAAGCAGGACAGCCGACCCUCCUGAAUGAGUUCUACACAGAGCUGUACAUCACAGAGGGAGGGACUGCAGAGGUCAAUGAUGAACAUGAGGUCAGACAGAUUGAAGCAGCAUCCAGGAAAGCAGACAGAGCAGAAAGAAGCAUCAGAGCAGAAGACAUCUUUAAAGGCUCACCUGGAAGAGAUGGACCAAUCAGAACAGUGAUGACAAAGGGAGUGGCUGGCAUCGGGAAAACAGUGUUAACACAGAAGUUGACUCUGGACUGGGCUGAAGACAAAAGCAACCAGGACAUCCACUUCAUGUUUCCAUUGACUUUCAGAGAGCUGAAUGUGGUGAAAGAGAGAAAGUUCAGCUUGAUGGAACUUGUUCAUCACUUCUUCAGUGAAACCAAAGCAGCAGGAAUCUGCAGCUUUGAAGACUUCCAGGUUGUGUUAAUCUUUGAUGGUCUGGAUGAGUGUCGCCUUCCUCUGGACUUCCACAACAAUGAGGUCCUGACUGAUGUUAGAGAGUCCACCUCAGUGGAUGUGCUGCUGACAAACCUGAUCAGGGGGAAGCUGCUUCCCUCUGCUCGCCUCUGGAUAACCACACGACCUGCAGCAGCCAAUCAGAUCCCUCCUGACUGUGUGGACCUGGUGACGGAGGUCAGAGGGUUCACCGACUCACAGAAGGAGGAGUACUUCAGGAAGAGAUCCAGAGAUGAGGAGCAGGCCAGCAGCAUCAUCUCCCACAUGAAGAAGUCACGAAGCCUCCACAUCAUGUGCCACAUCCCAGUGUUCUGCUGGAUCACUGCUACAGUUCUGGAGGAGCUGCUGAGAACCAGAGAUGGAGGAGAUCUGCCCAGAACACUGACUGAGAUGUUCAUCCACCACCUGGUGGUUCAGGCCAAAGUCAAGAAGGUCAAGUAUGAUGGAGGAGCUGAGACAGAUCCACACUGGAGUCCAGACAGCAGGAGGAUGAUUGAGUCUCUGGGAAAACUGGCUUUUAAUCAGCUGCAGAGAGGAAACCUGAUCUUCUAUGAGUCCGACCUGACAGAGUGUGGCAUCGAUGUGGAAGCAGCCUCAGUGUACUCAGGAGUGUUGACACAGAUCUUUAAAGAGGAGAGGGGACUGUACCAGGACAAGGUGUUCUGCUUCGUCCAUCUGAGUGUUCAGGAGUUUCUGGCUGCUCUUCAUGUCCAUCAGACCUUCAUCAACUCUGGAAUCAACCUGCUGGAAGAACAACAACAAACAACCUCCAACAAACCUGAUCCAACAGUUUUCUACCAGAGAGCUGUGGACGAGGCCUUACAGAGUCCAAACGGACACCUGGACUUGUUCCUGCGCUUCCUCCUGGGUCUGUCACUGCCGACCAAUCAGAAUCUCCUACGAGGCCUGCUGACACAGACAGGAAGUAGCUCACAGACCAAUCAGGAAACAGUGAAGUAUAUCAAGGAGAAGAUCAGUGAGAAUGUGUCUGCAGAGAGAAGCAUCAGUCUGUUCCACUGUCUGAAUGAACUGAAGGAUGUUUCUCUAGUGGAGGAGAUCCAACAGUCCCUGAGAUCAGGACGUCUGUCCACAGAUGAACUGUCUCCUGCUCAGUGGUCAGCUCUGGGCUUCAUCUUACUGUCAUCAGAAGAACAUCUGGACAUGUUUGACCUGAAGAAAUACUCUGCUUCAGAGGAGGCUCUUCUGAGGCUGCUGCCAGUGGUCAAAGCCUCCAAGAAAGUUGUACUGAGUGGCUGUAAUCUGUCAGAGAGAAGCUGUGGAGCUCUGUCCUCAGUCCUCAGCUCCCAGUCCUCCAGUGUGACAGAGCUGGACCUGAGUAACAACAACCUGCAGGAUUCAGGAGUGGAGAGUCUUUCUGCUGGACUGGAGAGUCCACACUGUAAACUGGAAGCUCUCAGGCUGUCAGGCUGUCUGGUCACAGAGGAAGGUUGUGCUUCUCUGGCCUCAGCUCUGAGCUUCAAGACCUCAAAUCUGAGAGAGCUGGACCUGAGCUACAACCAUCCAGGAGACUCAGGAGAGAAGAUGCUGAGAGCUAAAGUGGAGGAUCCAGACUGUAGACUGGAAACUCUCAGGGUGACGCCUGCUGGAGUCCGAUGGUUGACACCAGGUCUGAGGAAGUAUUCCUGUCAACUCACAGUCGACACAAACACAGUACACAGAAAACUAAAACUGUCUGACAACAACAGGAAGGUGACACGUGUGGAGGAGGAUCAGUCGUAUCCUGAUCAUCCAGACAGGUUUGAUCGGUGGGCUCAGCUGCUGUGUAGAACUCGUCUGAUUGGUCGCUGUUACUGGGAGGUCAAGUGGAGAGAAGUGGUUCAUAUAUCAGUGAGUUACAGAGGAAUCAGAAGGAAAGGAGGCAGUUAUGAUUGUUGGUUUGGAUUUAAUGAUCAGUCCUGGAGUCUGCGCUGCUCUGAUGAAGGUUACUCUGUGUGUCACAAUAACAGUCAAACAUCCAUCAGGUCCUCCUCAGUCUCUCACAGAGUUUCAGUUUAUGUGGACGUUCCUGCUGGAACUCUGUCCUUCUACAGAGUCUCCUCUGACUCUCUGAUCCACCUCCACACCUUCAACACCACAUUCACUCAACCUCUCUAUCCUGGAUUUGGGUUCUGGUCCAAGUCUGGUUCCUCAGUGUUUCUGUGCUGAGUUGAGUCUCCAGAGUCUCCUCCUGGUAGAGAAACAGUGUUGAACAGAUAGUUGAGUCUCUCCAUGACUCUGUCCCUCAGAAACAUGUUUCCACAUUCAUGGAUUAAAUAUGUUUCUUUGUGAAAUCCUUCUAAAUGAUUCCUUGUGAACUUGUUCCUCUUCAAAGAUGGAAGUUGUGAUUAUUCCAGGAGCUAAAUGUGGUGUUUGCAUCUUUUUCCAGUCAAAUGUUGAGAGUGAAAAUCAGGAUGUGGUGUUUCCUCUGACGCUCACUUGAACUAAAAGCAUUUGAGCUGCACAAAGUGUGAAAUGAGAGAGGAAGCAGUGAAUCUACAAACUGCUGACAGACUUUCACACAUUAUUGUCCAGUGAAAAUCAGGUUUUUGUGCAGCCAGACUUGAUCCUGAUUUGAGUGUUUCAGUCCUGUUCUAGUGAUGAAAUGAGAACUUCCUUCAUCUUGUGUGUGAUGGAGAAGAAUAAAGGGCUGUGGCUAAAAA